UCGGAAUACAACAUGUCGGCGUUCAAGAGAAAACGUGGAAGACAGACUCAGGCUGAUAGAAAGGCAAAGAAAGCGAAAUUUAUAGCAGAUGGAGGCGAAGCACCGGUGGAAGCCGAUCAGGAGAAGAACAAUGAAGUCACGAUUCCAGCACCGGUUUCGUCGGGUAGAUGGACAAACAAGGAAAGAGUUCUCAUUUUCUCCUCAAGAGGCAUCAACUUUAGAACAAGACACUUGAUGCAAGACCUGCGGACCCUGAUGCCUCAUGCAAAAGCAGAUACAAAAAUGGACAGAAAGGACAAGUUGUUUAUUGUUAAUGAGGUGUGUGAAAUCAAAAACUGCAACAAAUGCCUUUUUUUUGAAGCCAAGAAAAAGCAGGACCUCUACAUGUGGAUUGCCAACAGCCCUCAUGGACCGUCUGCAAAGUUUCUGGUUCAAAACAUUCACACACUGGCUGAACUCAAGAUGACAGGAAACUGCCUCAAAGGAUCCAGACCGCUGCUCUCGUUUGAUCCUAAAUUUGACACAGAGCCCCACUUUGCUUUACUGAAGGAGCUCUUCACCCAGACAUUUUCUACCCCACGCUACCACCCGAAGAGUCAGCCUUUCGUGGACCACGUCUUCACAUUCGCCAUCGCAGACAACAGGAUAUGGUUUAGAAACUACCAGAUCAUGGAGGAGGACGCCGCUCUAGUGGAGGUCGGACCUCGCUUUGUUCUCAACCUCAUCAAGAUCUUUCAGGGGAGCUUCGGAGGGCCCACGCUCUUCGAGAACCAGGACUUCCUGUCUCCCAACAUGCACCGGCGACAGAUCCGACUGGCGGCAGCAGCCAGAGUGCGUGAGAAGCAGAUGGUGAAGGAGAUGCAGAAAAUGAAGAAGACUGAAGCGAAGGAGGACGUCACCAAAGACGUUACAGCCGACGUCUUCCUAACACCAGCUGACGAGACGCACGUUCACAUCCAGAUGGACGCACCCGAACCGAAAGUAGCGAAGAAGAACAAACACAAGGCUUUCAAAAGACAAAGGAUGGCACGCAGGUAACUGGAUGGACUGUCGUGCCGAGUGAAUGGCUUACUGCGGCCAUGAUUCAAUGUUGUCUCAAGCAAAUGUGGUAAUGCAACAGUGCGGUCCAAUAUUAUGAGCUUUGUUAGGGUAAAAGAAAAGACCUGAAACUGUACAACACGUCGUUUAAUUAUCACGUGACAGAAUUCGAGAACAUUUUAAAGAUGCACGUGUUGUCUUCAAUGUCUGUUGCCAUAGUUUGUGGAUUCACACAAUAUGUUUUAUGCUCCCUCCCUCAGAAAGACUGUACCAUUUGUAACUACGAUACUGAAAAGAAAUAUUUUCCCAUCCUUUUUGAUAAACAAAUAUUCCAUCAAUGUAAAAAAACAACUUGUUUAUUGAUUUUGAGUGACCACAAUUGUUUUCAAUGUCAUGAAAAUAAAACAAUUUGAACUUC